AUGAACCGCACGCCCAACUCGACCUCGACCAUGGUCGCGUACUGGGUCUCAUCGCUCGCGUCGUCGUUCGCCCCGAUCCCCUCGCCGGGUCGCGCCUUCGCCCUCGCCGCUUCCGGGCCACUCGCUUCCUCGUCUUCCUCGUCCUCCUCGUCCUCCUCGUCCUCGGCAUCACCUUCUCUCAACGUUAGCUAUCCGACUCCACCGUAUGCGGCCCCCUUCUACCAUCUCCACCGGGAGCGCGUGUGGUCGCCGAUCUCGGAUAGCGUCGCGGCCGUCGCAGCGCCCUUCGUCGUCUACUGGGCCAUGUCGGCCCUCUUCAUGUUCAUCGACGCACUCGACCUGCGCUCGCUUGACCGGUACCGGAUACACGACCCGGAAGAGGCCAAGACCAAGAACCGCGUCGGCAAGGUCCAGGUCUUGCGCGCGGUGCUGAUACAACAGGCGUUGCAGACCGCCUUGGGUCUGUACUGGCUCGCCGACUUCGACCCGACGCACGGACCAUUCCGCGAUCAUGCAGCCUCGAUCGCGACCUAUGCUGAACGUAUGGCCCGCGUCGUGCGUUUCCUCGUGAUGUCGUCAUCACCAGUCAAGCCGACAUCGCCCAUCAUUGCCGAUGCGGCGCAUUGGCUCUACUGGUGGGGAGUCCCGAUCGUCCAAUUCGUUUGUGCUGCGUAAGUAAACGCUCUCAUGCAUAUGCCAAACCAUCUCACUGACUUCCAUCACCCCACUCUGGUCUUUCAAAGUUUCGUGCUCGACGGGUGGCAAUACGGGUGGCAUCGCUACUUCCACACCAACAAGUUCUUGUACCGUCACGUGCACUCGAUCCACCACCGCCUCUACGUCCCCUACGCCUUUGGCGCGCUCUACAACCACCCGCUCGAAGGCUUCGUCCUCGACUCGCUGGGAGCCCUGAUCGCGGAGAACGUCGUUGGUCUCACAACACGUCAAGCGAUCCUCUUCUUUGCCAUCUCAACAGCAAAGACCGUCGACGACCACUGCGGGUAUUCCCUCCCCUUCGAUCCUUUCCAACUCUUCUUCGCCAACGACGCCGAUUACCACGACGUGCACCACCAGAUCGCGGGGCUCAAGUACAACUUCUCGCAACCCUAUUUCAUCCACUUUGACUGGGUUCUCGGCACACGGCUGACGAGGGAGGAUUACGAAGCCAAGAAGAACGGGCGGGUGCACCCGAGUAACAAAGUCAACGGACCGAACGAAAUUGACGCCCCGCCAACAUCGCAGCGGAAUGGGAUCGCGUUGAAGGACGAAUAA